GCGGCAGUAAACAGGUACAAGAGGGUUUCAGGCUGUGGCUACACGCUGUACUCGGUGCAAGGGAACCAAGGGAAGAAAUGCUUCUAUCUUUGGGCUUGACAUAACUUAAUAUCACCUCCGAGGAGCCAGCAUAAGAAUAAGAUGGCCCCAAAUUCCAUCCACUGGUUCCGGAAGGGCCUUCGUCUCCAUGAUAACCCGGCACUACGGGAGGCGGUCAACGGGGCAGGCACAGUGCGCUGUGUUUACUUCCUGGACCCUUGGUUCGCAGGCUCCUCCAACGUCGGGGUCAACAGGUGGCGGUUUCUCCUCCAGUGUCUGGAGGAUCUGGACGCUAGCCUUCGAAAGCUCAACUCGCGCCUUUUUGUCAUCAGGGGCCAACCAGCCAACGUGUUCCCACGGCUCUUUAAGGAGUGGAAGAUCUCUCGGCUGACCUUUGAGUAUGAUUCUGAGCCUUUCGGCAAGGAGAGAGACGCUGCCAUCAAGAAGCUGGCCAUGGAGGCAGGGGUGGAGGUCAUCGUCAAGAUAUCACACACGCUCUACGACCUGGAAAAGAUCAUAGAGCUGAAUGGCAGUCAGCCUCCUCUCACCUACAAGCGUUUCCAGACCCUGAUCAGUCGGCUGGAUCCUCCUGAGAUGCCUGUGGAGACGCUGUCGGACACCCUGAUGGGUCGCUGCGUCACCCCCGUCUCCGAAGACCACGGAGACAAGUACGGGGUCCCGUCCUUGGAAGAGCUGGGCUUUGACAUCGAGGGCCUGCCGUCAGCCGUGUGGCCGGGAGGAGAGACUGAGGCUCUGACAAGGAUAGAGCGCCACCUGGAGAGAAAAGCGUGGGUGGCUAAUUUCGAGCGUCCCAGGAUGAACGCCAACUCGCUGCUGGCCAGCCCAACAGGCCUCAGCCCCUACCUGCGCUUCGGCUGCCUCUCCUGUCGCCUUUUCUACUUCAAGCUCACAGACCUCUACCGCAAGGUGAAAAAGAACAGCUCCCCUCCGCUCUCGCUGUAUGGUCAGUUACUGUGGCGGGAGUUCUUCUACACCGCAGCAACCAACAAUCCACGCUUCGACAAAAUGGAAGGGAACCCCAUCUGCGUCCGCAUCCCCUGGGACAAAAAUCCCGAAGCACUUGCCAAGUGGGCCGAGGCUAAGACAGGUUUCCCCUGGAUAGACGCCAUCAUGACACAGCUGAGGCAGGAAGGCUGGAUCCAUCACCUGGCCAGACAUGCAGUAGCGUGCUUCCUCACCAGGGGGGACCUGUGGAUCAGCUGGGAGGAAGGGAUGAAGGUCUUUGAGGAGUUGCUUCUCGAUGCAGACUGGAGCGUGAACGCAGGCAGCUGGAUGUGGCUGUCCUGCAGUUCAUUUUUCCAGCAGUUUUUCCACUGCUACUGCCCCGUGGGCUUCGGACGCCGCACCGACCCCAACGGGGACUUCAUCAGACGAUACUUACCUAUCCUCCGAGGUUUCCCUGCUAAGUACAUAUACGACCCGUGGAACGCUCCGGAGUCCGUGCAGGCAGCCGCGAAGUGCAUAAUCGGCGUCCAUUACCCGAAGCCCGUAGUGCAUCACGCAGAGGCAAGCCGGCUCAACAUUGAGAGGAUGAAGCAGAUCUACCAGCAACUUAGCCGAUACAGGGGACUGGGCCUGCUGGCAUCCGUGCCGUCAACCAAUGGGAAUGGGAACGGCGGAAUGAUGGCCUACUCUCCCGGAGAGCAGCAGCCAGGGACCAACAACAACAACAACAAUUCACAUUUGCCUGGAGUGUCCGGGAGCUCUGUUGCAGCGGGUAACGGCAGCGGGAGCAUCCUACUCAACUUUGACAAUGAAGAACAGACCAGGCCUAGCAGUGCUGGGCAACAGCAGCAACGACUGCAACCGCUCUCACAACAACAGCAACAUCAACAGCAUGGAUACCACUCAGUGCCAGACACCAGCCAGACCAUCACCAGCAGCCGACUCUACCACGAGUUUGCUGUGCCUCAACACCCAGGACCCCUCCUGCACACCAGAGGUGGUAUCACAGGAAAGCGGGAGCGUGAGUCGGAACGUGAAGGGUCGGGGGAGAAAGACUUGGCGUCCUGUUCGAUGCAUAAGAUGCAGAGGCAGAGUGCACAGACUACCUAGAGCAGGCAGACUCGGGACCGUCCGAAUCCACAUCAGAGUUACCAUUCGGCCAGCAGAGAGAGAGGAAAUCCCAACGUUGUCCUCAAAACACAUGCAGCUCCAGAUUUGACUGCCUCCUCUUCAAACACAAGGCAUCUAAAACUGCUCUCUGUCUUUACAGUCGGGAAUCCCCGGGGUGUAAACACAAAAGUGAAAAUGUGACCUUGACACAAAGGGCUUUUACAUCCUAGAGUCCGUUGACCUCUGACCUCUUGUGGUGGUACAGAUAGGCAUGUGCAAAGGAACAAAACGCCUCAAACCUAGAGCUAAAUAAAGUAUUUGUAAAAAAAACGAUAAAAUAAAAAACUACAUUAUUGUCUUAAAACUGCUGCCACCAGCCAGUUUGAGUAUUGUACGAAUACUGAAACAGCUAUAAAUGUAAGUAAUAGAAUAUUUAGUUUUUUUAAAAGCCGCAAAUACAACUCCAUUAGUCACCUUGUCUGUCCUUGCAUUCACUAAUGUAAAACCAGGCUGAUUAUGUCCGGGUGUACAGAGACAUUGUGCUUUUACUACAGCUUUAUAGUAUGUCCUAAUGUGCUACAUCCCAUAGUGUUAACCAGGGAAAAAAACAUCACCACCGUACAUGCUGACAGGUCAGUCUCACUUAAGGAAUAUGUUUUGUCAUAGAUGUAAAAGUCUUUACAUUGGAAAAACGCUGUUAUACUGAUUUUUAUAUUUAUGUUUCUCGUUUUUGAGAUUAAAUGUUUGUAAAUAAGCAAAUUAGAUUUUUAACAAAAUAGUUUUUCCAAGAAUCUGGACAUCGAAAAACAAAAGACGGGUUUUACUAAUCUUUAAACUGUAUCAUUAACCCUGAUUUCACCAGGCAAAAGGACUAAAAGCACAUGAGUAUUCACUGUAACAGCCUGGCAGGUUGUUGAAAAUGUUAAGAGUCAUUUCUCAGCUUCUCUCUGACUAGUUGGCAUGUAAAUAUAAAGUUAAUCAGGCACUGGCUGUCCAGUUGGCCGGUGAGCAUGAUAUCAUCCUUCUUAAAUGCGACUAUUCACACCUGGUUUUAUGGGAACCUCUAGCACUGCCUGGUUAGCGCAUGUCAUCACUUGAUUUGUAUCGGCAGCUAACAAUGGUGAUUUUGUAUAGUAUUUCCGACAGUAUUUAAAACGUACAAUAUCGCGGAGAACAAACACUCAGACCACUUUCUAAUGUUGGUGUUUACAAACAUGUUUACAGUGUGUUACUGUAGAUUAGUUAGACGUUUUGUCGGGUCACUCUGGCUGUAAAACUGCCUUUCAGGAUGUAGCAUUAUGGAUAAAAGAGUUCUUGUGUGUGUAGCUUUCUUUGUAAUUCUUUGUGAACAUGUCCUAUUGUGACGUCUGUAAGCUCAUCAGAGGUGGACAAGUAGCAGAACACUUUUCUUAAAAGUAAUUGUCGAGUAAUUGUAUGUCUUUUUUAUAAGUUUUUUCCGUUUUUUGGAAAGCCAUCUAGAUCCUGAGCCUUUGCUAUUUUAAAAGUAAAACACAUGAAGAUUUAACAUUUUCACAAUUCCCAUUAAUGUCAGGCAAACAUGAGCAGGCUCUGUUCUGUAUGGUUAUUGAGAAUUAUAGUUUUUUUUUCAACUUCAUCUUUAAUUUAAAGUGUUGCUUUAUCAUGCUGGCAUUGUUUCCCACAUUAUUAAUCAUGUACAGACCGACAGACGUGUGUGUGUGUGUGUGUGUGAAAUAACAGUGAUUUGUCAGUUUUUUUUUUUUUAUCACCCAUCUCACAGCUGUUGACCAUCAGAGCCUGGACGAUCCUUUAACAAUAUACAAUAUUGAUUUGACUUCGCCCGUCAGUCAGUCACAUUUUCACCUCUCUGUUUCCCCCCUGCAAAUGUCUCAAAAACAGAUUAUGCCUGUAGAAGUAAAAAUAAAUGUCAUUGGGGUAUCUCUGAGGCAUAUUGUGAUGUUGGAAAAUUUUGAACUUUUUUUGCUGUGCAACAUGUUCAACAACCAAAACAAAUGUUGCUGGUCAGUUUGGGAGAGAAUGUCACUAGAGGUAACUUCUGAGAACACAGUUAGUUGGGUGCAAACUCCUCAAAGGUGUCAAAUUUUUUUUCCAAGAUUUCUUAUAAAAACCAAAAACUUCUGAAAAUGUACAACAAAGAUGAGUCGACGCAUAAAAGACUGAAUAUGGCAUCUGAUCCAAAUGAGCGUAAUUCUGUCAGCAAAACAGAAGCUAACAUUCCUCAGAAACGAGUGUACCCUCCUGGUGAAGGAUUUCUACUACUGUACAAGGAGUUAUAUAUGGCUACUUGCAACACAUUUUGCGACUCGCACAUAUCUGAUAAAACCUUGAUAUGUGGUGACCACAAUUUGAUGUUUGAUGUUUACUAUGCACAAUUGAAAGUAAACAAAUGAGAUGGGUCGUAAAAUGUCCGCUGUAAAGUUGUCUAUGGGAGGAUUAUGUAACCCCGUUGGAAAAAUGAAGUUGGUGACUAAAGUUCCAUCCACCCUCCACUAUCACCUUUACUCCUGGUGAGAAGAAUGCAGUUGAAUUGAACCAGAGAAUGUACAAUUUCCCCUGUAAAAUACACCCAGCAGCCCACACACACGUACACACUAAACAUUGACAACUGCAUCACUAAGUGAUGCAACAGCAAGUUGUUAUGAGAAAGGCAUUGUAUAUUGAGGGAUUUAUGGUACAUGCAAAGCUGACACGUGUGCACACAGAACGUACUACACACACACACACACACACACACGCACACACGCGCACACACAGGAGAGAACAGAGUUUCAUUAAGCUGCAUAAAGCCCCAAUCUGCUAUCCAACUUUGUUCAAGCAUUGUAACUGCACGAUAAAAGAUAAUCACAAUUUUCUACACAUUCAUUGACCACGGAUUGGCUAUUUGAAACUACACACAUUUUGUGUUUACUUGCCUUUCGUGAGCCAAGCCAACAGAGAAGUUGUUGUUGUUUUUCUCUGCCAAAAGGAAGAAUAACAGCAUCACAUCGCAUGCUGUUUCUAUUUGGUUGAGUACUAAUUUCUCGCUAUUGGCAGAAACUGUACAUUAACCCAAAAUGGUUAAAUUAAAGUGAGGUUUCUAGUAUGUGCUCUGAUGUGAAAUCUCCACCAUUGCACACUCAACAGAACACCAAAAAGAAAGCAUUUGGGCCCUUUAAUUGAAGAGUUUAUAUCCUGUAUUUGAGUAAAACGGUCUAAAUCUUGAAAAACCUGCAGGUUGGGUAUGAUGGCAUCUUGCCUGCGCUCUCCUGACAAAGUUCUGGUUUCAGUGGAGCCGUGAUAACUCGUUUCUGUGUACAGUACUCGAUUGUUCAUCUGUGAUUAUACUGGCCUCAGCUUCCAGAGUAAUUUAGACUCUGGGGGUGGGGGCAGAGUAAAGGGGAGAAGGUAAAAGUAGUGUUUCUGUAUUAUAAUUCUGUAUGUUCUCAAGAGGAUUUCAAUAUUGUUAGUUUUUUUUUGUAGCUUUUAUCACUAUGGAAACACAAGUUAAACUAAGUCUUUACUCUCGCUUUUCAUUGUUUUGUUUUUUUGUUUUGUUCUCCCUUCUGUGGCGUGAAGGUGGAAGCUGAUGCCAUCUAUCACAUCUGUAAUAUUACGCGCUGUCUCUGUUUCUCCUUGUGUUGUGAAAGGCUUUUCUUGUGCUUGAUGAAGUUCAUGACAGGAAAUAAAAAUUGUUACAACUAGA